AUGGCUGCCUCGCGUCCCGCCACGCAGGAUAAUGCCCGGAACUACUGCCCCAGCCUCCGUAAAACGGAAGAAGCUGAUGGUGGCUGGCGAGGUCCAAACUUCCUCCGUACCUCUCUGUUUCUCUUUCCCCGCCUUCUCCGCGGAAGGCGAGCGCCAAACUCAAACUUUAACAGGACCCGGACGUCUUUCAGGCUGGUACCGCGGGCUCGGCCUGUUGGAGUUUUCCGCACACCCGUCGGGGCAGCGGUUCAGCAUGAGCCAGGUUCUGUUCCUGCAGCUCGUGCCGUUGCAGGUGAAAUGCAAAGACUGCGAGGAGAGGAUUUAGUUAUCCGUCUGACUGAUGAUACUGAUCCAUUUUUUCUGUAUAAUCUUGUUAUAUCAGAGGAAGAUUUUCAGAGUUUAAAAUUCCAGCAAGGUCUUCUGGUAGACUUCCUAGCCUUCCCACAAAAAUUCAUAGAUCUCCUUCAACAGUGUACUCAAGAACAUGCCAAAGAAAUUCCAAGGUUUUUGCUACAGUUAGUUUCUCCAGAAACUAUUUUGGAUAACUCACCUGCUUUUUUAAAUGUGGUAGAGACAAAUCCUUUUAAGCAUCUUACACACCUCUCACUAAAACUUUUACCUGGAAAUGAUGUGGAAAUAAAGAAGUUUCUAGCAGACUGUUUGAAAUGUAGCAAGGAAGAAAAAUUAUCAUUGACACAAUCACUAGAUGAUGUUACCAGGCAACUGAAUUUCACACAAAAGACAUUAUCAGAGAAAAUCCAAGAAUUAGAUAAGUUACGGAAUGAAUGGGCAUCACACACAGCAACAUUGUCCAAUAAGCAUUCUCAGGAACUGACGAAUGAGAAGGAAAAAGCUUUGCAGGCACAGGUUCAGUACCAACAGCAGCAUGAACAACAGAAAAAAGAUUUAGAAAUCCUCCAUCAACGAAACAUCCAGCAGCUACAAAACAGAUUGUCUGAGUUAGAAUCUGCUAAUAAAGACCUAACUGAAAGAAAAUAUAAAGGAGACUCCACCAUCAGAGAACUUAAAACAAAAUUGUCUGGUGUUGAAGAGGAGCUCCAGCGGGCUAAGCAAGAAGUCCUCUCUUUGCGAAGAGAGAAUUCUACACUUGAUGCUGAAUGCCAUGAAAAAGAAAAGCAUAUUAAUCAGCUACAAACAAAAGUGGCUGUUUUAGAACAGGAAAUCAAGGAUAAGGAUCAGCUUGUUUUAAGAACAAAAGAAGCAUUUGAUACAAUCCAGGAACAAAAGGUGGCUUUAGAAGAAAAUGGUGAGAAAAAUCAGGUACAAGUAGGAAAACUUGAAGCUACAAUAAAAUCAUUAUCAGCUGAACUUCUUAAGGCAAAUGAAAUUAUCAAAAAGUUGCAAGGAGAUCUGAAGACUUUAAUGGGUAAAUUGAAACUGAAGAAUACAGUAACUAUUCAACAAGAGAAACUCUUGGCUGAGAAGGAAGAAAAAUUACAAAAGGAACAAAAGGAAUUACAAGAUGUUGGACAGUCUCUCCGAAUUAAAGAGCAAGAGGUAUGCAAAUUACAAGAACAAUUAGAAGCUACAGUUCAAAAACUUGAAGAAAGCAAACAGCUUCUAAAAAAUAAUGAGAAGUUAAUCACAUGGUUAAAUAAAGAAUUAAAUGAAAAUCAGCUAGUGAGAAAGCAAGAUGUAUUGGGAACUUCUACCACUCCACCUGUACAUUCUAGUAGCAACACCAUCAGAAGUGGAAUUUCUCCGAACUCUAAUGUGGUUGAGAGUAGACUGACUUACCCAACUUGUGGGAUUGGUUAUCCUGUCUCCUCUGCGUUUGCAUUCCAGAAUUCUUUCCCUCAUCCUAUAGCUGCCAAAAACACCAUCCACCCAGUUUCAGGACCAAAGGUGCAGUUUAACUUGCAAUUUACAAAACCAAAUACAUCACUAGGAGAUGUCCAAUCAGGAACAACUAUUAGUAUGCCUUGCUCAACUGAUAAGGAAAAUGGUGAAAAUUUAGGGCUGGAAUCCAAAUAUCUGAAGAAAAGGGAAGACAGCAUUCCUUUACGUGGGCUUAGCCAAAAUCUAUUUAAUAAUCCAGACCAUCAAAGAGAUGGCACUUUAGGAGCAUUACAGACAUCUUCAAAACCCUCAGUGCUCCCUUCUACAUCUUCAGCGUAUUUCCCUGGGCAGUUACCAAACAGUUAAUCCCAGUGUCACCUUUCACUUUCUGUUGAAAUUUUAGAAGUUCAUGUGGUUUUAAAAAUAUAGAAACAGUGCAGAUCAAAUUCUGAACAAGCAAGUUUCAAAGUUUACUUGAGCUACUGUAUUAGAUUGGGUCCUUUAAGUACUGCUGUCAUUUAUGCAGUUUUAGAGGGGCAAAUUUGUACUAGGGAAUUGGUGAAGAUUCUGAACAAAUGCCAGUUUUUUAGUUUGGAACAUGGUGUUUUAUAGAAAAGUAGUAUGAAUUUUAUUAAACUAAUCCUUAGAACUUCUCAGAAGUUCUAAGGAAAGAAUUGAUCCUUGUAAGGGACAUUCCAAUCAUAUUGAAUAUCUCAGUUAAUUAAAACCUGCUCAGAUAUAAUAGUAUGAAACCAAAGUGCUGUCAAUUCAUUUUAUCAUUUUCAUUACAAUAAAAACAGCAAUUUUUUUCUUUUUAGAAUAACGAAAAAUAUUUUACUGAAAUAUAAGAUUUACAUAAGUUUCCAGACACGCCAUACAAAAUGGUCACAAGCUUUUUCUUCAAGGGAGGAUUCUACACUUGACAGCAAAGUCACAGUGUUAUUAGGGCUGUGAUGUUCAUUUAAUGUUUAAAUUUGCCACCUGAGAAUUAUGAGGGAAAAUGAUUAUCUCUUAAGAUAUAUUACUGAUAUUUACAGUAAAGGGAAAAGUCCUGAAAUUACCUUAAAUGAAUGAAAUAAAUUCUUCAUAGCAAGUAAAUAUUUUCCUUGAAACCUUUAAAUUUUCUUUUGAAUAAGUCUAUUAAGUAAUUUUUAUAAAUUUAUUAUACAAAAAACUUUGGAUAGUCUAAUUACAUGACCAGAUUAGGUACAAAAUGCUUUAGUCAUUUGAGAUGCAGAGUUUAUAGGUUUUUAAUGCUUCCUGGAAGUCUGCAGUCAUCCAGUUUUUCUUUCUCAUUUGGAGUUUUCUUUGUUAUGCAUUUAAAUCUCUACUAGUGGAAUAUUGUUUUAAAAAUUAGUACUUACACAAAAUAUUUACUGAGAGCAUCAUGAAUAUUCAUUUUGUAAUAUCCAAAUAGGUUCAUUUUCAUGUUUGCUUAGUAAAGUAGGCAAAAUGAAUAAUGUUAGAAGUUACAACUUUCUUCUCUUCCCUUCAAUUGCAAGUUUCAAGUAAGAAUUGUCCCCUGGAAAAAAUGAAGUGAUUUUAAAAAAUUCACCCAGAAUCACAGUUUUCUUACUGACAACCAUCCAAUAGAGCAGCAUUCUCUUAAGAAAUCUCUAAAUCAGUUUUUGUUUGCAGAGAUUGCCAACACUCAUGUGAUAUUUAAAAAAUAUAUAUUUCAAGGACCUUAUUACACAGAUGAGGAAAAAGACAUUUCAGGAUACUGAUGACAGACUGUUAUUGGCUUCCAUGGUAAGACACAAUAUUCGCUAAUUUUUUUAUGAAGCCACAAUACUGUCUUUUCUUAUACUUUUGAAACUGCUGGCAACUGCAAGCUGUCUUAAACUAGGGAUCUAAUCUAAAAAAUUUAGUAACCAUUAUUAGGUAGUGACUUUUUAUAUACAGUUUUGUCAUUUAGAUAUACUCUAUUUGUAAGAAUACUCAAUUACAAUAACUUGAAAGCACUACAAUCUGGAAAGAAACUUCCUGGCAAUAUUGGAAUCUUUCUUGUAAAUAGUAUGUAAUAUAAAACAUUGUGACAAGGAUUUGGAUAGGAUACAUGACAUACAGGUAGCUCUUUUUUAAAAAUAUAGAUAUCCUUUUCCAUAUCCACACAUGGAAAAUUGGGAGAACUCCCAAAAGAUAGGAUAGAGAUCAUUUUGAUAUCAGUUUGCUAAAGUCUUUUUGGUAUUAAAUGUGUAUAUGUAUAUAUAGACUUUCGAGUGUGCUAAUUAUUUGCUCUACCUCUUAAACUUUUAUUUGAAAUUGUUUUGCUUACAAGUGUACAUGUGUUAAUAAUCAAAAUAUUGCAUUUAAUGUAUUUCUGUAAACUGUGAGCUUUGUUAAUAAAGUAUUAAUAUUUUGGGAAUAUGACAUGUAAACAGUAUAUAAAAACAGAAAUAAGGACUGACCUAUAAUACCUGUGCUUAGAAAAUUAAGUACUUACAGUUAAUUUACAGACUAAGGUUUCAUUUCUUUGCUUUUGUCUUCCUACAGCAGUGUUUUAUUGAGGGAAAUGAAAUGGAUUCAAAGGGACAAGGUAUAAUGCUUUGAUCUGUUACUAUAAAAAUAUGGUAACAAAGCCAAAACAGGCCAUAAGGGAAUCACAGAUCAAGACUUUCUUUAAAAAAAAAUCAUUAAAAUAUUUAAUUUUAUUAACAGAAUAUUUACAUUUCUUUUAAGACCUUAUU